AUGGAAUCUGGCGCCCUGCGCCACGUGCUGAGUGGAUCGAUCCCUCUUCAAGCCGCUCCUGCUAACGAAAUUUUUAAAAAACCCAACUUUUCAAAAAAGAGAAGCACUUUACGGAGCAUGGAACCUCUUAUCAAGCGAGCCCGAAAGAACCCUGUUAGAAUCAGCAUUGAAGGGAACAUUGCCACUGGAAAAUCGACCUUCAUCAAGAUCCUCGAAGAAGCGGCUGGAACUGAAGACUGGGAAAUCACACCGGAACCAGUCUCCACCUGGACCCAGAUCGAGGGCAAAAAUCCUGUUGAGCUGGAGGAGCAAAACGCGAAAAAAGAGAUUUUGGGCAAGUUCUACACUGACCCUAAGCGUUGGGCCUACACUAUGGAGAGCUUCACCUUUGUGACGCGCAUGCACGCCGAGAAAAUGCGCCGUCAGCGGCCAUCCUCGGUCUCGUGCUCGAUAAACGAGCGAAGCGUGUAUUCAAAUCUCUACAUUUUUGCACGAAACUGCUUCGAAACCGGACUCAUGACGGAGACCGAGUGGGCCAUUUACAAAGACUGGUCGACUUAUCUCCUCGAAUCCCUUGGCGAUCUCCAGCUGGAUGGAUUCAUCUACCUUCGUUGUGAUCCCAAAGUUUGCGAUAAGCGAAUGGCAAAACGAGGUCGGCCAGAAGAACAGGGCGUAACCUUGGAGUACCUCACCCAGCUGCACGAAAAACACGAAAAGUGGCUUCACAAUCGCGAAUUCCAUAACGAAGAGAUUAUGCACGAUAUUCCAGUGUUGGAAAUAGACUGCAAUAUGGAAUUUCAUGACGACGAAGCAAUCAAGACUAAAAUGCUCAAUCAGGUUCGUGAUUUCGUCCGCCAGGUGCAAGAAAAACGUCAGGAGAAGCUCAACUCUCUCCAGGAAACCGAUUCCGGAGUGGACUCGUACUCCCGUUCAGACUCUCCUCUUUCGGACGCGCAGUCGCUCAGCCCGCUUCCAUUUUCCAAAACAAGCAGCGAGGAAGAAAUCGCUCCAGUGGCGCAAGUUACGACUGAAAUCAAAACUGAAUAG